GUGGUGGUACUGUUUAUGAGUUUGGAGGUUGUGCUGUUGAUGAGUCAGAAAGUUGUGCUGUUGAUAAGCUAGGAGGUUGUGUUGCAGAUGAGUUAAAAGGUUGUGGAAUAUCUACAGAAGGUGAUUGUAGUGCAGAACUUGGUGGGAGGAUCAGUGGGCUUAAACAGCAUCGUGACAAGCUUAAAUUUCUUUCAUAA